AUGGCUUCCGGAACCGAAACUUCUAGAAGCCGGAGACGAAUCGAAGAUCUCGAAGUGUGCAGCAUCGAGAGCGAUGUUGUGAGGAAGAAGGUCGGAGAAGAACUUGGAGAGAGCGGUUUCGAUCGGUACAGAAAGAAGCAGCUUCAUGACUACAAGCUGAGCUCAAAUCUCACCGAAUUGCAUAAUGUGAUAUCGGGGCAGCGUGGAUUGGGCAUUGGACAUUUGGAUGGGCCACUGUCAAAAACUGAGCUUGUUGCUCCUUCGAUAUGUAAAUGCUAUUUCUGUGAACUGAAGGCAAUUGGGUGUGGUCAGUUGAAGUUCACCAGAAAGCACUAUUGUACAAGGCCCAUGGAAAGGGAGGAUGAUGAUUUUGGUAGUCUUCAUGAGGAUAGCAUGGAUGUCGGACUCCAAGCAACAAAUAGGUUGGACUUGAAUGUAGAGCAGGACUCCCGCAGCCCAAAAGUUGUCUAUGUCAACGGUACUCAGUCUAAUCCUCCCUCCAUAGGCGCAGACAGUAAAGAUUCAGUAUUAGAAGUUGGUACAGAGUUCGAGUCUGAUGAACAUGCCUACAAGUCUUACAAUAAAUAUGCCAGGUUGGUGGGUUUUAAUGUUAGGAAAGACUGGGUAAAUAAGAGUAAGGUACAUGGUCAGGUGGUAUCUAGGAAGUUCACUUGUUCUAAAGAGGGGUAUCGGCGGAAAGACAAAAGAGAUGUUAAUGUAAAGAAACAUCGAAAGGAAACAAGAACUGGUUGCUUGGCGCAUAUGAUCAUCACCCGUCAACCUGAUGGUAAAUAUCGGGUUACACAAUUUGAAGAACAACACAAUCAUGGCAAUGUAAAUUCAAGUAUUGCUCAAGCAUUACCAGAACAACACAAUCAUGGUAAUGUAAAUCUAAGUAUUGCUCAAGCAUUACCACUACAAAGAGAAUGCACUGUUCCUGAAGCUGCUGAUGCUGACUCGGUAAAAGAGUUAGGAUCAUUGUCAAAAUCAGCACUGGACUCGAUGAAUAGAGGGUAUAGGGUAAGGGAAUCUGUUGAUAGUUUUGCCUUAGAUUUUGAAAAUUAUCUUCAAUCUGAAAGGACUCGAGAUAUGAAGGAAGGAGAGGUGGGACGUUUGCUGCAUUACUUUCAAAGGCAGCACUUUGAAAACCCAUCGUUCUUUUACGCAAUACAGGUUGAUACUGAUGAUAAAGUCAGUAACAUACUUUGGGCUGAUGAUAAUAUGGUAUCAGAUUAUGACCAUUUUGGGGAUGUGGUUUGUCUAGACACGGUAUGCAGAGCAGACAAGAAUUGCCUGCCAUUUGUACAGUUUGUAGGAGUAAAUAAUCAUAAACAGGUAGUCAUCUUUUCUGCUGCACUGUUGUAUGAUGACACUGUUCAAUCUUAUAAGUGGCUAUUUCAAACUUUUUUGGAGUCUAUGUCUGGGAAGAAACCAAAGGCCAUUCUUACCGAUCAAGAUGCAGCAAUUGCUGAGGCAAUCAAUUCAGUUUUACCUGAAACAGACCAUCGGAUAUGCACAUGGCAAAUGUGCCAGAAUGCUCUCAAGCACCUUAACCACAUAGUUAAAGAUACCGAAUCUUUUGCCAAUGAUUUCAAGAGCUGUAUAUAUGACCAAAAAGAUGAGGAUGGGUUUGUGUAUGCUUGGGGGAAUAUGCUGGAUAAUUAUGGUCUUCAGCAGAAUGACUGGUUAAAAUGGAUGUUUAGGGAACGAGAGAAAUGGGCUGUGGUAUACGGCAGGAAUACUUUUUUUGUUGACAGAAAAGGCUCACAUCUGGUUGAAAGUUUGUUUCAUGAUUUGAGAAAUUACCUAUACUCUGACAUAGAUGUGCUUGAUUUUGUUAAGUAUUUUGAAAGGGUGGUAGAUGAGCAACGUUACAAAGAAAUAGAAGCCAAUGAUGAAAUGAACCGCUGCAUGCCAAGACUAAUGGGGAAUGUGAUUUUACUAAAGCAUGCAAGUGAUGUUUACACUCCAAGGGCAUUUGAAGUGUUCCAGCGAGGAUAUGAGAAGUGUUUGAAUAUUGUUGUUAACCAAUGCAGUGAGAAUGGGCCGUUGUUUGAGUACAAAACCAACAUAUUUGGUAAAAGUAGAGAACACACCGUUACAUUCAACUCUUCUGAUGACGUAGUUAUUUGCAGCUGUAAGAAAUUUAACUCUGUAGGGUUUCUAUGUAGCCAUGCUCUUAAAGUACUUGAUCACAUGAAUAUAAAGGUUGUCCCCUCCAAAUAUAUCUUGAAGAGAUGGACAAAAGAUGCAAGGUUAGGGAGUGCAAGAGAGAAUGAUGUGCCCUCCAUCAGGGAUGACCCUAAGCUUGUUGUGGCAAGCCGUUACAAAAAUAUGUGCGGCCGAAUUAUUAUGUUAUCAGCCAAGGCUUCUGAAUCCGAGGAAGCAUUUCAAUUUGCUGUUGGACAACUUGAUGAAGUGAUGGAAGGUGUGGAGAAAAUCUUGACAUUAAAACCUCAGGAUGCUCAAGCUUUCACCUCAAGUAGCACCGCAAAUGCUUCUGAUAGUGAACGUGCAGUGAUUUUUCCAGAUGGAAAUGCAAUUGAAGAUCAGGAUGACAAUGUAGUAAAAGGAGCAAAGGAAAAAGAGACGGCUGUUUUUGACAAAGGUCAAUUAACAAAUGUGAAUGGUGAAUUCUCUAGUACAAAAAGAAUGCAGAAUGUAGAUACAUCCCUACAAAACACUGAUUCCUGCAUUUCAAGUCCGUCAUUGUAUGUUUCACCUGAAGGGACAACAGCAAAUCCCAUUAUGCAGGUGAGUCCCGGCUUGCAUGUUAUUGCAAUUUUUCUUUUCUUUGUGGCCGGUUUUGAUCGUUCCAUGUUCAUAACACAGGGUUUAUACAAUUUUGAAGCGAAUCAGGUGGUUCAGUGUAUGUACCAACAAGAUAAUCUGGUGAUGGAAGAGCAAACCAAUCCUAACAUGUAUCAACCACUGAACUUCUUUUCUAACCAACACGAUUCACCUGGCCAUUCUCAACUACUGCAGGAACCUCUGAUCAAUGGCACAUACCAAGAGCCCGUAUCAAGCACCCCUGAAUUGAGGCAGGCAAUGGAUCUCGAUGUCCAACAUGCACAUUCAUCUUCAUUCUUGCUUUUGGAUCGUGGAUAG